AUGGUGAAAAGUUGCUUACCAACCAAAACCGAGAAAGGGAUUAGUUAUGGUCUUGGUCCAAGAAGCAUUAAAGAUAAAGUUGAUAAAAUAAAAAAUGAGCCCGAUUUUUACGAGAAUUCUCCCUUUCUUACUCUGGCUAAGGAAUUAUUAAAAUUAGUUAAAGAAAAUAAAGUCGAAGUAAUUUUUUUGUCUGCUUAUGACAAAAGAGUUUUUCCGGACGGCGACCCCCGCAAAAAAAAAAUAUUCAAGGAAACUUUUGGCAGAUUUUCUAAUUGCUCAUUGAAUUUACUGGGAUUUGAUAGCGAGGAUGAUAAUCCCAAAAUUCUCCGUAACAUACUAAAAAACCACGACAAAAUAAUUGUCGUUGCCCCUUUUUAUCUCACUAUUAAACACCACGAAAAAGUAUUAUUAAUUAAAACUUCUAUUAGUAAUUUAACCAAACAGGAUUUUCAGCCUGAUUAA